AUGGUGACCUUAACAAGCACCGGAAACAAGCCACUCACCGUGAAGCUCGCCGGCGACCCAAUCCUGGUCCCGCCGGCGCAGAAGACGCCGGCGGGCAUGUACUUCCUGUCCAACCUCGACUACUGCGACAUGAUCAUUUACACCUUCUACACUUACAAUAAGUCGACGGAGAAGGGUAACGAGAUGGCCGGAGAAGUCAUGAGGGAUGCGUUGAGCAAAGUCCUCGUUCACUACUACCCCGUCGCCGGCCGGCUGACCGUCGAUGGAUCCGACGGGAGGUUCGCCGUCGAUUGCACCGGGGACGGCGCCGUUUUCGUCGAGGCCGAGGCGGAUUGCGAGCUGGGGAGCGUUGACCUGUCGAAGCCGGACCACGUGACACGUUCCAAGUUGGUGUAUAAGGUUCAUGAUGCCAAGAGCUCCAUUGACAUUCCUCCUUUGAUGGCUCAGUUGACCAGGUUCAAAUGCGGUGGAUUCGUGGUUGGGAUUUCUUGGAACCAUUUCCUCGGAGACGGCAUAGCAGCCAUCGAGUUCCUCAACUCGUGGGGGGAAACGGCACGAGGGCUGCCGCUUUCGGUCCCUCCAUUUCUCGACAGAACCUUGCUCAAAUCGCGAGUCCCACUAAAAAUCGACUACCGCCACUCCGAAUACGACGACUUGGAAGACAAGUCGUCGAGUAGUCUCGACAAGUUUGCUAAAGAGCCCGUGGUCUUCGAGUAUGCCCACUUCACGGGGGAGAAGAUUCGCAAGAUCAAGGAACGAGUCCUCCAUGGUGCCAGAGGCGGAGGACUCGUCACCAGAUGUAGCACUUUCGAGGCGGUGGUGGCCUUCGUGUGGAGGGCUCGAAUCAAGGCCCUGAAGAUGGCACCAUACCAGGAAACACGGCUCAUGCUGGUCAUCAGCGCGAGGGACCGGCUCGAGCCGCCAUUGCCCAGAGGGUAUUUUGGGAACGCGGUCAAGAUGAUGACCACGGGCACGUGGCUGGCACGUGACAUUAUGGACAAACCGAUAUCUCACGCGGUCAAGAAGAUUCAGGACGGAAUCGCUAACUGUAAUGACGGGAUCAUAAGGUCUACUAUAGACUACAUGGAAGCCACUGGAGCGACACGACCUUUAGGGUACACGAUGAUCGCAACCGCGUGGUACAGAAUGCCUAUGGAUUCUACGGAUUUUGGGUGGGGCAGACCGUUGCGGGUUGAACCAGUUGAGUCACCACAGUAUGAAUCGAUCACAUUUCUGGCUCAUGAUAGGGAGGUGAAGAGCUUAAAUGCAUUUAUUGGACUACCUGUUUCUGCUAUGAAGACCUUCCAAGAGUUGGUGGGACAAAUUUAA